CCGUGGCGCCACGGGUAUUUACUGCGGCACGGCUCCCAAGUCCAUCCCUCCGGGUUGAGUGUCCCAGAUGCUCGGGUUGACUCCUGUUGCACCAUCAAGAUGCAUUGCAGCCGGUCAGUCAGUUGUUGAUCCAUGUCCCGCAUGGCAGACACGAUAUUCAUCUGCCUCUCUGUGCGAAUUACAGAGUAUCAUUGGGUUUUGCCAGCCGACCUUGUCCUCUUUGCAGCAGGGUUUCUCUGAAUGACGUCCAAUACAGCAACUUUAAAAGUCCGGGCCAGCCAGAACGGAAGACGUAGGUACUCCGCUUCAGCUGAGAUUGUCUACAGCCAAGCGAGGGAUACGACGCUUGAGAACCACUCAAAUUCAAUGGUUCAUCAGAAAGGCCCUGGUUCAACACACAGACACACAGACUCCAGAAUAAGCAGACUGCAGCGACCACCGAGACAUCCCCUGUCCAAGACCCCUGACCCCUGGCUCAGCCCAACUGACUGGAACCAACCAGGCGCUCAUCACCCGUCAUUGCAUUCUGAUGAUCUACGGACCAGCUUACGGCCGGGCCGGUCAAAUUCCUUUCUCUCGACUUCCGGGAAACCAGACAGGCACACACAAGACUCAGUAGAGCAAGUAAUAGCGGACGGGAAUCCUUACAGCCCACACAGGUCCUGGCCAGGCCCAGCAAGCCCUCCAUGUCUACCCGCAACAUAUUCACAUGUGCCUGAUGGGUCCGGCCCAUCACAAUUCGCACCGCUGCGGCUUUCCCAGCAGCGCUCCCGCAGAUCUGCACCCCUUGGCCCAACUUCGAGACCCCAAAGGCUUCUGCAUUUCACCUGCAUUGCAGAGAACCUCUCACACUCUUCUCUCACAUCGAAAUUAAUGAAUGUUCCAUCUCCAAGGGUUCAUCAAACGUUAUUGGCUCGAAUACGGCACAGUGUCGUUGUAAUUACGAGAGUCCUAGGGACUUGGCUUAGUACCGACACCUCUGCAGUUCUGUCGUGCAGACGGAUAUUGACCAUCCCUUGGAUCGGCACCCCGCCCUCGAGGUCCUCGACCACUUUGACUACUUAGUUUCCUGUCACCGGGUUCACUCUAACUGGAAAGGGAGCAAGCACCGUCAGAAUCCUACGAGCAGUGUGAACACCCCUGGUCGCCCCGACCCAAAGCCUCGGGUUCUGGGCCGCCACACUUUCUUCCCUGACACACAUAUGCAGUCUGGGGGGUGUAUUCGUCAAGUGGUCAUGAAUCACGGAAAAGUUGGUAUGCACACAGCUUUCCCUCCUACCUUGUGAGGAGAACCGGGGCUGGGUAUUUGUCAAAGAAGUCUAAUGAUGUCUCGGGUCGCCUUGGACCUUGCGGGACGCAGCCUGGCAGGCAUAUCCUUUAUCCUUUGUAUCGUUUGCCCGGGAUAGCGCUGGUAGCCGCGGCGUCGCGGCCGAUAUAAUAACCACUCACGCUUGCCACCCCUCCAUCAACCCGUCGUCGUGUC